UUGAGCUUCACAGCUCUGCACACAUUCUAAGCUUGGGGCAAGGAGAGUAGUUCUAGGUAGUUAUCGUAUAGGGAAAUAUAUCAUGGACUUUAGUGACGCUUGGAGGAGUGUAAGGCCAUACUUGGCUAUGAUCUUCUUGCAGUUUGGCUAUGCUGGCAUGUACAUAGUCUCAGUUGCUUCCCUCAAGCGUGGGAUGAGCCACUAUGUGCUGGUUGUCUAUCGAAAUGCUGUUGCAGCUGCUAUCAUUGGUCCAUUUGCAUUCUGGUUUGAAAGGAAAGGUAGGCCAAAGAUGACACUUCAGAUAUUCCUCAAAAUUGUGGCUCUUGCUUUGCUUGAACCAGUUCUCGACCAAAACUUCUACUACUUGGGAACCAAGUACACAUCAGCAAGCUUCUCUUCUGCUCUUUAUAACGUGCUGCCAGCGAUCACAUUUAUAAAUGCCCUUAUUUUAAGAAUGGAGAAGGUAGACGUUAAGAAGCGACACAGUCAAGCAAAGAUUAUUGGAACACUGGUUACUGUUGUUGGUGCUCUGGUUAUGAUAUUAUACAAAGGUCCUAUUGUUGAGUUUAUAUGGACCAGGGGACGGAGCCACCAUACGGAAGUUGCUAGUCAGGAUGAAACCCAUUGGCUCAUUGGCACAUUCAUGCUGUUGUUCAGCUGCUUCUGUUGGUCUUUAUUCUUCAUUCUACAAUCGAACACCUUAAAAUCUUAUCCCGCAGAGCUCUCCUUGAGCUUCCUAAUUUGCGUCAUGGGCACACUACUCGCCAGUUCAGUCGCACUCAUCCUCGAUCCUGGUGUGAAACCUUGGAUGAUAGGAUUUGACACAAGGCUUGUUGCCGCAAUCUACUCCGGUAUAAUGUGCACAGGACUAGCAUAUUAUUUGCAAGCUGUAGUGGUGAAGGAGAGAGGGCCUGUCUUUGUUACUGCCUUUAGCCCUCUCUGCAUGAUCAUAGUGACUGUGAUGGGCUCCAUCAUUCUUGCAGAGGAAAUGUCUUUAGGAAGGUUGAUCGGCGCAGUUGUUAUAGUGAUUGGCCUUUACUCUCUUAUAUGGGGGAAGAGCAAUGAUCACAUGAACCAAUCCCCUAAAACCGGCGAAAAGCAAGCUCUGGAGCUACCGAAGACCACGAACGAUGACAUGAUAUCCAACUCCAUCGAUUGCAUCUCCAUCCAAAGCAUCUCGUCGGCAAAGAAACCUUGAGUAAUUAACUUGGGCAAGACUUGCCAUUGGUUUUCAAUUGUGUUGUGUAUGAACCACCAUCAACUAUGAUUGUAGAAGUGUUUUCUUGCAAGCAACUGAGGAUGCUUGUCCUCAGCGGUUGCUACCAAUAAGUAGUGUUAAUCUUAUGCAUGAUCUAAUGCCAUUAUCUUUGCUGUGUUCCUCAA